AUGCCUGGGCGUGCCGCUGCCCUCGCGGCCCUACGGCGGCGCCAAGAUGGCCCUGCCCAAGCCCUGCUGCCACAGGGGGUUGGCCUACCGCCUGCGCGUCGGCGACCAGUGGACCCUCCGCGGGCAGUUCAGCGUGAGCGGGCAGGGCGUGCUGCGCGUCGACUACAGCCACAACUGGAGCCUGCUGGGCCGCUACAUGGCCGAGUGAGAGCAAGAAGACAGAGGGCUAGGGCCCCACUACCCGCUGCUCGCUGCGCCCCGUCAGCACCGCUGACGGACGCUGCAGCCGCCGCUGACAGAGGACAGACGACAGUCACCACCUCAAACGAGUGACUGCCCUGGAGACUGGAAACUGCGCCCACUGUGUCUCACUGUGUCAUUUCAUGCAACCAGUAGAGAACUGUACAAGUCU